ACGGAGCUGGAGUUAAAGAAAAUGGGACGGCAUCAAAUUAUACAUUUGCUUCGAAAGAAGCUUGUGAACAAGUACAUGAUUUGGGACAGAUGUUCAUCAUUUUUAGCUGUAUCAAGCAACGUUCAAAGAUCUGUUCGGCAUGCUUCUGAAAAAAGCUCCUCGGGAUCUCCACCAAGUAACGAUUUUGACGUGUGCAUCGUUGGAGGUGGGAUAGUCGGCUUGGCUACAGCUCAGGAGCUCAUCUGGAGGCAGCCCAAUCUCAAACUUGCAGUGGUGGAGAAGGAAGCCGAGCUUUCCUUACAUCAGAGUGGUCACAACAGUGGUGUUAUCCAUGCCGGAAUCUACUACACGCCCGGAUCUCUCAAGGCUAAGCUAUGUGUGGAGGGCUUGGAGCUGGCCUACAAGUAUCUUGACGAGCACAAUCUUCCCUACAAAAAAUGUGGAAAGCUCAUUGUUGCACGGAAUGAAGAGGAGCUACCCAGACUAGAUGCUCUCCAUAAAAGAGGACUAGAAAACGGUGUGAAGGGACUAAGGAUAAUGAAUUCAGAUGAGAUCAAAGAAGUCGAACCGUAUUGCAAGGGUUUAAAAGCCAUCCACUCUCCUAACACCGGGAUCGUUGAUUGGGGUCAAGUAGCGCGACACUACGGCAAGAAUUUUGAGCGGCUUGGAGGUAGUGUCUUCACUAACUUUGAGGUUAGCAACUUCAUUACGACAAGAGAGGGCAAGGCUGGCAGCAAAGAUGGUUUACAACACCCUGUGACGCUGCAAGCCAAAUCUGGUAAAUCUCUGAGGUGCAGGUACGUGGUGACCUGCGCUGGCCUCUACUCGGAUCGUGUAGCUGAGAUGUCAGGCUGUAGCAAGAUUCCUAAGAUCGUACCGUUCAGAGGAGACUACCUCCUACUCAAAGCAGAGAAGAACUACCUCGUCAAUGGCAAUAUCUAUCCUGUUCCCAACCCCAAGUUUCCUUUCCUUGGUGUCCACUUCACACCUAGAGUUGAUGGCAGUAUAUGGCUGGGUCCUAAUGCCGUUCUAGCGAUGAAAAGAGAAGGUUACAAGCUCCUUGACUUUAGUUUGAAGGACAUGAUAGAUGCCGUUUCAUUCAGUGGCCUGAGAAAGCUUGCCUUCCGCCAUCUUGGUUAUGGACUUGGGGAGAUGUACAGAGGGUUCAACUACCCAGCACAGGUCAAGCUCCUCCAGGAGUAUGUACCUGACCUCAAAGUCUCUGACGUCACAAGGGGUCCUUCCGGAGUCCGAGCCCAGGCGUUGGACACGGACGGCAACCUGGUGGAUGACUUUGUGUUCGACAUAGGAGCCGGUGGAAUAGCAUCGCGAGUGCUGCAUGUCCGGAACGCCCCCUCCCCAGCCGCCACCUCAUCCCUGUCCAUAGCUAAGAUGGUGGUAGACAAGGUACAGGACACGUUUGAACUAUGAGAGUCGCCGAAGGAUCGAGAUGAGAUGGGGGUAGGGCACUCAUAAUGUACUAGCCUUUGUAGGCAAGCUAAUCUCUCAUUUGGUCUUUCCAAUUCUUUGAAGAUGGGAAUUCUUCAAUCACACCGCCAAACCGACUGGCAACUGACUCCAUACUUAUCAAUUCCUGGCCAUUUGGGUUAAUAUAAGAUUUUAUUUGAUCUGUCAUGGGUUUGGUGUUGGUCUGGUGUUGGUUUCAUUGAUGCAACUUGGAAGAAAGAAGCCAUGAUUGGACAUAUCUGAAAUGACCGAACACUGAUAUCUAACAACACAAACAACAACAAGCUGCUGUUUUCUUGCACAAUAUAGCACAUUGGCUGAAAGUUGACUGGAUGCCUGUUUGGUUCAACCUCUGUGUUACACUUUGCACUUUAAGACAAUCAAUUAUUAUAUCAAAUAAUAUAUAUAAAUUAUGAAUUGGGGAAAGAAUAUUGUCUUUUGAGAAUCAGAAGGGCUUUAAUUACUCAAAACUAACACCCCUCUGGCUCUCAUGAGAUGAUAAGUGAAAUAAAUGUGU